CUGACGUCUGUACAGUAGCAAGUGGACCUAAAAAUAACGUUAGCUAUUGUUACAGCUGUGUAACACGACACCAGAAGACUUUGUAUGGGAGCACGUGCCGGGGUGGGGGUUUUCUCUUGAUGAUGAGAAGACUAAUAAGGGAACCACAAACAUUUGUUGAGCACAGGCGAGUCACAUCGGCGCUUUCCUGUGAUUUCAGGCUCUAGUUCCUCAGCUGAAGAUGUGGAAGAUAAAGCCUCCUCUGGAGUACGCUAAGGAAGUGAGGUACAGGCCUAUUUUAGAGAGCUUGGUUCCCCUUGACCCGAUUACACGGUUAAAGCUGAACAGGGGGGCUCCGAAGGAUGAGUUUCCGGACCUGAACCAGAAUAAGACCACCAUGGCCCGCGUCCUCACGCUGGACAUGUACAAGUGGCAGUAUGACCGGGCCACCGAGAGCGGUGUCAUCUUUGAUGAUGUCAUACGCCCCGGUCUGGAGGACCCAGGUCAGUCGUCUGGACCACUCUCUGUAGGCUGUGUAGCUGGAGAUGCCCAGUCCUACAUUCUCUUCUGUCAUUUCUUCGACAAAAUCAUUGAGGCUUACCAUGGCUACAAGAUGACCGGUCAAGAGAGUGACUUCAACAUUGACAACUUGAAGGGUGGGGAUGACUUUGAGGCCGAGUAUGCAGUGGGCUGUGAGAUUCGAGCGAAUCGUUGUGUGGAGGGCUUCUCUUUCCCCACACACUGCUGCAGAGGGGAGCGCAGACGGCUCCACACCCUGGCCAAGAAAGCCUUUGGCCAGAUGGCUGAAGAGUUGCCAGGAAAAUUGUAUUCUCUGGGAGACCUGGAGCAGGGCAUGCUGGGAGAUGGAUUCGCCAUGGAGACCGCCACAGACCUCAGGAUGAAGACGGGGGUGGCCAGGGACUGGCCGGAGAGCCGGGCAGCAUGGCUGAACGAAGAGGGAAAUGUGGUUGCGUGGAUUAAUAUUGAGGACCAUCUCCAGCUGAUAACGGUGCGGACAGACCCAAACAUAAAGGAGGCCUUUAACUGCAUUGGUGCCCACCUGCAAAAGCUGGAGGCGCUGUACAGGAAGCUGAGGCACUCCUUCGUGUGGAAGCAGCAGCUUGGCUGGGUGGUGAGCUCCCCCGCUGAGGUGGGCACGGGGUUGAGGGCCAGCGUCCACCUCAAGCUGAUGCACCUGCCCCUCCACAAGUGGCUGGGAAGUAUCCUGGAGAGACUGCGCCUACUCAUGGAACCUACCGGUACUGCAGGCUCCAGCGGGGUGUUUAAGGUCUCCAACGCCCACACCAUCGGCUUCACGGAGGUGGAGCUGGUGCAGAUGCUGGUGGACGGGGUGAAGCUGCUGAUCAGGAUGGAGAAGGCACUGGAGGACCCUGAGGGAAGCAUCCACCACCUGGUCCCAGCGCAGAAGUGAAGGGUUUUUACCAGCUGCUGCUACUGUAAGUAGGUUGGUUAUGCAAGACCUGGGUCAAAUGCCUUUACCCCCUUCAGCCAAAUGAGAAAUUCUCAUAGAUAACUGGCUAUUUUAAGAGAGGCAUCUGCAUUUCGCUGACUUUGACCGAGGUCUGGUGUAGGGAAGGUGAAGGUGUAAAAACACUGGUUUUGGUGCAUUUGAAAGCACAAUGGCAAAUAUGUUCUUCUGCUUACACUUAGUGAAAUUACAUGCUUAUCUUUACCUCCUGAGUGCAAAAUUUUCCUUCACGACACCUAUGUAGCAUGUAGCAAACUGUCAUACAAGUACUCCGAGUUGGUUCAUCAAAAAGAUUAUUUUUAAUUGUAUUUUGUAUUAUAUUAAUGUAACCCAGGAAUAUUAUUUUAAUGUGAAAAUACAAGAUAGGAUAUUUUUAAUUGUCAAAACAAAUUUUUGAAUUUCAAAUAAAAUUAUUUUCAUGUGGAACAAGUGUUCAGCAUCAGAUAAAUAAAGAAUUAAACAACUCAAUGUGAUUACUUUAACUGUC